AUGUCAUGGGAAGCACAGCUUGCGGGAGCGAUCAGCUCCUUGAUCUUCGUGGUCCUGAACUGCGCCAUGAACAUCUACACCAAGUGGCUCUUUUCCCCAGGUGGCGGUAACUUUGCGCUUCCCUGGACCAUGCUCACGGUGCAGCAGCUCGAGGCAUUCUUGGUCCUUCAGCCUCUUCUCGCCUGGAAGGAUCCCAGUGGCAACUGCGGGUGGCCAGGUGCCAGAACAAGGCGUAGCACCAGCAGCUCUAGUUCGGCACCACUCACCACCGGUGAAGGUCGCGAUGAGGUAUCCGAAACUUUGGGCGCAAAUGUGGACUUCGUCAGCGAGUGUCAGUCACUCUUCUGGCUCGGCUAUGUCGCAUCGACCAUGAUGUUGCUGCCUGCCUUCGACACAUACGGGCGAAAGAAGCCCUUCUUUCUAGCGGGCUGGAUUGGGUUGUUUGCAGCCGGCGUGUCCUUCCUGACAACAGAAGCCUGGGUCUACGCGCUCUGCCAGUUCAUGAUCGGCUUCUCCCUCAUGCCUGUUGGGAACAUGUCCUAUGUCUGGGCAUCGGAGCUCGUCCCAGCCAGCAGUCACAACAAUGUCUGCUCAAUUUUCAACAUCUGCUACAGUGCCGUGUGCGUCGGCAUGGCCGCUGCCAGCUAUGGCAUGAAGGACACCGGGAUCUCGUGGCAAGUUCAGCAGGCGCUCUGGUACCUUCCUGUGGCACUUGGGCUUUUGGCCGGGCCCUUCCUGGUCCCAGAGUCUCUGGAGCCCACCGUGGCCUCCCAGAAGUUGGCGAGGUCCGGAGAAGGCUUGGAGUCCGUUUUCCGGCAACCGGUCCUCAGCCAGACGCUCGCAACAAUGGUUUGCUGGUUUGCAGUCGCCACUGGAUACUACGGCCUCUCCUAUGCCUCAGGCAAUCUGGCUCCAGACCUCUAUCUGCAGAUGGGGCUCCUGUCCUUGGUGGAUAUCUGCUGCUACGGAGAUGUUCUUUGGUUCGCGCUGAUCUAG